GUAUAAAUUAAGCAAUUCUUUGUAGAGAGUAAUGGUUCCAAUUUAUUGAUAGUUAAUUUCAAACAUCACCACAUGCAGUCAUUUGUUUGCAUUAAGUCUGCCAGUUACUAGCUUCAUGGAGUUUAUGAUGUUGGUUGUAAAUAACAUACUUUUGUUUGUUAUUUUGUUAUUGGUGUUCUGUAAAGUUAAUGGAUCUGAAAUUGAAGAUUUGGCACCAGUUUUACCAGAAGAUCAGGACUCCUUCUAUUUUCUGGACUUUGAGAGCAAGCCAGAUGAUAACAUAAACCCUGUUGUCUUUUCAACUUUCAAGCCUGAUAAUGAUAAUGACAAAGACAACGAAUUGACUCUUUACGUUCUUUGUCGAAUCACUGAUGAUGUCAUGUCAAUGGACAUUAUGACAGCUGAUUCAAAGGAGGAGAACAGAGUGAUUCUAGAUACAAUUUUCACUGUCCAAUCUUGCUCAAAAGUCGAAGACAUCACAAACUCAAUUUAUCCGCAGCAACCUUACGUUGGAAAGGAGUUUUCCAUUCUUUAUGUACAAACAAAUGGUAAAUGUCGGAGAAGGAGGUACUUGUAUAAAACGUGGGAAUUCACUGCCACAGUGCUACGGUCUCAAGUUGACAAUGUAGAUUGCCCAGAGUCUAAGGGAACAGACACUAGGAAAGGAAUUGUAAAAGAAUGGUCACCUAAGGGAUUGUUCCUUCAAAAGUCCUAUGGAACGAGUACUAUCACAAUGAAAGCAACUAAAACAAUCAGGUUUGGCAAAGCACAAGGAUAUUCACUGGUUUGUAGAACCGAUGAUGUGGGAAAUACUGAUGAAGAUGAAGAGAGGGGUGAAUAUACUCAAGACCAAACAGAAGGCAAACUAGUUGAAGAACAAGAAGAAGAAACAGAGGAACAUGAAACUGGAAAGUUCACUGCUACUGUGGAGUGGGAUGGAUUUGCUUUGGACAGAGUAAAAAUGAGAUCUGACACUUGCUCUGUUGAUAAUAUAUCACCGGAAUUUGACCAAGUGAAGAAAGAGCACGUGAUAACGUUCAAAACUGUUAACAAGGGUGAUGUUAAAAGAAAAUAUGCGUAUUCUACCAAACAGGAAUCAUCUUAUAAGAUUUUCACUUUGGAGAGAAAAUCGAUCUAAAAGGUAUAAAGACUAAUGUUUGGUUUUUAACAAAAUCAUUGUGCUUAACUAGAAAUAUAUUUUCAUGCAGGGUUGGGAA